AUGGGCAUCAUCAAGCGCACCUUCUACACAACCGUCCUGACGGGGACGGCCUUCGUGGGCUACAUUGCGGGCACGACCUCGAUUAUUUGCCCGUUGCCUCGUGACGACCCUAUCUGGUCCAGCAAGACCUAUGCCCGCUACAACAUUUAUAACAACCCCACGACCCAGGACGUCUGCAUCAAGCGGGUACCCCUUGACAAGAUCAGGCCGGAGCUGCUGCAGAAGGAGGGCGACCUGGCGGUUGAGUUCUGUCGGGGUGUAUGGGCAGGGUGGGCAUACCGUCUCCAGCGCCGCUACCUAGCCCAGAAAUACGAACCCCAAACCCCAUCCCAGCUCUGGGCUCCCCGCGACCUCGCCACGUCGACCUACGAGAAGGGAACCUACAUCACAGACCACUUCGAGGUCGUAGAAAAGACGCCAACCUCCAUCACGGUGCGCUGUGGCGACUCUCCGCGCAGCCAGGGCGGGCGCGAGAGCGACGGCCUGUUUGUCAUUUACGCCGAGGUAGACAAGGAGCGAAACGAGGUCGAGCUGGGGCUCAAGAGCUGCUUCUUCAACAGCGCCGCGCGACAGGAUGGUAUCCUGGGGCCGAUGCCCAAGUACAUGGAGAUUGCGCACCAGUACUACUCCAGGCUGUGGAUGGUCAGCGCGAGCCGGUGGGUCUCCAAGGGCCUGUUCGGCUAG